UGAAGAUUUGACUAGCCUUUCGCUGGGGCAGGGAUUGAAGGAAAUCACUGAGAGCAUGAUUGAAAAGUGGGUGGCUCGAAGGGACAAGGUCCAAACGAUUGUCCAGAAUUUGGAAGAGCAAGAGUGAAUAUGAUGCCAUGUUGUACUGUUUUCCGUUGUUUGGUGGGGGGUUGUACUGUUUUCCACGAAUAUGAUGCCAUGUUGGAAUGGCUUAGGAUAUUAGUCGGAUUUUUCUUUGUAGUUGUGGAAUAUUUG